AUCGUGGUCGAUUCGAUUGUGAGCGAAGUCGAAGACUUCUGAAAAAUAGAGAAAAAAAAAACACCACGACCACAGUAGAUAAAUCUUGCUGCUGUUUCUGUUUUGUUUUGUUUCUUCUUAAAAAUAUAAUAAUACUGAAACUCAAUAAAAAUAUGCACAUUUAUCGCAACAAUUUGAAAAAACUCACAAAGUAAAUUAAUCAUGUGCACUUCGUCUUUGUCGUUCUCGUCGUCGUCAACGUCUCGGUCUUAUCAUCGUCGUCGUCGUCUUGUGGUUAACAGCGGCAGCCAGCCUCAGAAAAAUUGCAAAGCAUCUUAUCAAGCUUAAAAGUGCUCCGCUAAGUUGCUAAGUCAUGGAAAUUAACGACAACAGACGAAUUUUGCAUGUAAAUCAAUCGAAAACAAAAGACUUCUGAAAUCUCCUAUUUUCUCAAAAGAGAUACAAAUAAAAAUAACCAAAGAUGCGACUAUUCGCAAAAAUCAAACUUAUCCUUUCGCUAAUUUUCAUUGUUCUCGUGAUAACAUUGGCUCUAUGGCUCUGGAAGGGCAACGGAAACAACCGAAUCCUAUCCCGAAAGUUAACCAAACAUAGUUCAAUAACCAAACCCCCACCUGUUGUCCUUUGGUGGACAAAACUCCUGCCCAACUAUCACCAAACCAAACGAUGCGGAUUCAAUCAGUGUACAUUUACUGUCGAUAGGAAACUACUCAACUCAAAUGGCACCAAGGUUCUAGUGUUUUAUGGUUCGGAACUAAAUAAAACUGAUUUACCCCUACCUCGCCAACCCCAUCAUCUGUGGGCUCUAUUCCACGAAGAAUCCCCCAAAAAUGUGCCAUUCAUUCAGUACCCUCGCGUCCUGAAACAUUUCAAUAUUACAUCGACAUUUAGUCGUUAUUCCAAUUUCCCCCUCACAACUCAGUAUAUCAAGAGCGAAAAGGAAUUGACUGACCGCAAGUAUUUGGUUGCCAUUGGAACGAAAUCUCUAUUGCGUGAGACAGAGAACCUUGCACCAGUUGCAUUUGUCCAAUCGAUUUGUGACACUUCGUCGGGUAGGAAUGAAUAUGUGAAAGAGUUGAUGAAGCACAUUCAAGUGGAUUCGUAUGGAGGAUGUUUGCACAAUAAGGAUUUACCAAAGGAGUUAACUGGAGACUACUUGAAUUCAAUUCAAUCGGAGGAAUUCUAUCGGUUCUUUGCUCGCUACAAGUUUAUCAUUGCCUACGAGAAUGGAGUGUGCAAUGAUUACAUCUCGGAGAAGUUCUGGAGACCACUCGUCAUGGGUAAUAUUCCUAUUUACUAUGGCUCUCCAACAAUCAAGGAUUGGGAGCCAACAAAAAAAUCCGUCAUUUAUAUAUCAGACUUUACCAGUCCAAAAGCACUAGCCGACUACCUGAAACGUCUCGAUGCCAACGACCACGAAUACAACACCUACCUAGAUCACAAAUACUCAAUGUUACAUCCCAUCACAAAUGAUCUCCUUAAAACAACUCUACUCGACCGCGAUUUCGAAUCGAAUAAUGAAUUUGAAUUAUUUGAAUGUUUUAUAUGCAAUCGAUUGCAUGAUGAUAGUUUUCAUUCAAUAGCUGAUGCGAGUCAUUAUGAUUGUGGCGGCAGCAGCGCCGGCGGAGUUAAUAAUCGGUUGCAAUUUCCAUCGAUGGAAACAUCAAUGGUACAUUCGGAUUGGCAUUCGAUUAUGGCAAUGGGUAGAUGUGAAGCGAGUGUGCUGGAUGUGCUGCUUCAGAGGAAUACAAAUUUCACAGAGUUGGAAUUUGAGGAUAUGCUGCAACAAGAUAUUAAGACAACCAAAUGUCGAUUAUGAUUAAGAUUACUCUGAGGAUGAUGAUCGUGAUGAUGGUCAUGAUUUGAGGUUGUCUAAGAGAUAGAUAUUUUUUGUAUUGAUUGAUACAAAUUCAAAUCAAUAGAAAUCAACUAAAUUAA